AUGUCUAAAGAUAAAAAGAUAAAUAUAAAUCAUAAUGAUCGUACACUUCUACAACAUCCGUAUUAUGAUGAGUUCCUGCAAACAAUGACAAAUAUGAUUCAUUGGUUGCGAUGGGUUGGAGUAGCUGGAUCAGAAGGAAUUCUUUGGAAAUUAUGGGGAUUUGUGUUAUUAUGUCUUCUCCUAGCCGUAGAAGGAGAGGCUAUCUGGAAGGUCGUGAAGGCACUUGCUGGGUGGGCCAUCGAUAUGCGUGGACAUAGAAGUGUUACCGCAAGAUUAGCAGGAACGAUGUUUUAUUCCGCAUCAUUAUUAUGUUUGAUACAAUGCUGGAGGUUAUCCUGUUCUUGGAAAGAUAUUUCAAAAUACUGGGCGUCAAUAGAAUGGACAUUAAGCAUACAGUAUGUACCGAGGGAUAAGUAUAUACGGACCAGAAUGUAUAAAACUGUUAUCUUUGUUGCUGCACUUUCUUCGGUUGAACAUCUUCUCGACAUUAUAUCGUCCUUUGAUUUUAAUUGUCAGCUUUCGCUGUGUUUUCGAACGUUUAUAUUAAAAUCGCAUGGAUUUUUAAUUUUAGAACACGAAUACUCCGACUGGAUUGCAGUUUUCGUCUUUAUCACGAGUAUAAUAGCAACAGUUCUGUGGAACCUACGUGACUUAAUAAUCAUUCUAACUAGCAUGGGCUUAUCAGCAAGAUAUAAAAGACUAAAUGAAGGCGUUAAAGUAGUUACGAGUAAAAACAAUAAAGUAGAAAUAUGGAAUAAAGUAAACAAUGAUGGAGAAUACUUAAAGGUGUAUAUGUGGAGGAAAAUUCGAGAAGCAUAUGCGAAACAGUCGAUGUUGGUUAGAAAAGUUGACAACUCAUUGGGAACAUUAAUUCUGUUGUCAGCGUUUUUCAAUUUUUAUUUUAUUUGCUUGCAAUUGUUUUUGAGGAUCACGCCCAGUAGUUCAGCUGUAUCGGUGAAUCAAAUAUAUCAUACCGUGUCUUUAUCUUGGGUCUGUAUUCGAACUGGUUACACGGUGCUGGCUGCGGCUGAAGUAAAUAAAUGUUCAACACUGGCUUUACCAUAUUUGUAUGAAUGUUCUGCUCAGUAUUAUAACGUAGAGAUAGAAAGGCUACAGAAACAGCUAAGCAAGGAUUACGUCGCGUUAACUGGGAUGGGAUUUUUCUAUUUAAAUAGAACUUUUGUACUGCAGAUGGCGGGUGCAGUGGUGACCUUUGUAUUGGUGUUAAUUCAAUACGACGACUCGGAAACUGUUACUCCAACAAAUUCAACGCUGAUCGGAUGA